GAAGGAAACCUGUGACGACAACGACAUAUCACACACUGGAUAAUCAGCCCCUUAGCCAGAGAUGGCCGGCUUCCUCUCAGACCUGGCACAGUACCAGGGGCUCUUUCAAAUGAUUCCUGUCCUGGGGAUUGGUGGAACAUUCCAGAUUGGUUUUCAAAUUUCUACAAUCACCUACAUGUCUCAGCACGUUAAGGCUUUCAUUAAUGAAACUUGGUUGGAACGAUAUGGCUACCCCAUCCAUCAGGAUAACCUCUUGUUUCUGUGGUCUUUCAUUGUGUCCAUCACUGGUAUAGGAGGUCUCUUGGGUUCUUCAGGAAGUAGAUACUUGACUGUCAAGUACGGCAAAAGGAAAUGUCUCCUCUGCAACAAUAUGCUGAUGAUAGCAGCAGCAUUUAUCAUGGGCUGCAGUAAAAUAGCCCGAUCCUUUGAGAUGAUUCUAAUUGGACGCUUCAUGUGCUCCUCAUCUCAAGGUCUGUGUGUUCCUCUACAUCAUCAAUAUGUUGGGGAAAUUUCCCCUAGGAAGCUACGUGGAUUUGCAAACUCUACUGCCUCUUUCUUUUGGUCACUGGGAAAAGCCGUAGGGCAAAUUGUAGGACAAAGGGAGCUGCUGGGCAGUCAGUCCCUGUGGCCCAUCCUGAUGGCCUCCUGCGGAAUUCCAGCACUAGUCCAGCUGGUCACCCUGCCCUUCUUCCCUGAGUCCCCACCAUAUCUCCUCAUGCAAAAAGGAGACCAGGAAGGCUGCAAGAAAGCCAUAAGGCAGCUUUGGGGUGAAGGCCAUCACCAAGCAGAGAUUGAUGACAUCAUGAAAGAGAAGGCAACAAUGAAAAACACCAAGAUCUUGAGUGUCCUGGAGUUAAUAAAAGAACCGUCUUUCCGUUGGCAGCUGUACAUGUUAGCUACUGUGACAGCCACAGUUCAGCUAUGUGGCAUCAAUGCAAUCUAUUUUUAUACUUUUGAAGUCCUCCAGGCAGCUGGGUUUGAUGAAAGAAUGAUCUCUUAUAUGUCCCUCUCUGUUGGACUCUCUGAACUCUUAGCUACUGUAGUCUGUAGCUCCAUUAUUGAGCGAUUGGGCAGGAAGACGCUCAUGUCAGGAGGCUACUGGAUCAUGGGUUUACUGCUAGCUGGUAUCACAAUGACUCUCUCCCUACAGGACUGGUAUUUCUGGAUGCCAUACUGCAGCCUUUGUCUGAUUAUCUUGUUUGUAGUCGUCUUUGGAGUUGGGCCAGCUGGUGCCACAGUUUCCAUUAGGGUUGAAAUCUUUAAGCUAUCAUGCAGACCACCUGCCUUUGUGAUCAGUGCAGCUCUCAACUGGCUGGGAGUCUUUGUGAUUGGAACAGCCUUCCCAUUCAUUGUGGAGAGACUCCAGCAGUUCUGCUUCCUCAUCUUUAUGGGGGUGCUUUUCACUUCAGGGAUAAUAAUCCACCUGUUCCUUCCAGAAACAAAAGGAAAGUCAAUCAUGGAAAUCACAGAAGAAUUCAACAGGUUAAACUUUAAGAAGAGGUGUGUUCCAGCAACUCCAAAUCAUGUCACUGAGGAUUAUACCUUCUGCACCAGGCUUUGACUGGCCAUUAGGGGGAGUCCGGCUUUCUUAAAAGGAAGAAAAAAAAGACAUCUGUCAUUUCCUGACUUACAAGCCAGUUCAAAUGAUUGUCAGUUUUCUUAUCUAUCACUUAAAAGGUUUUCAUUUUGCCAAAACAGCACAUGUUUCUCAAGCACUCCGCUCUGGACAGUAUGGAAGAGAAUGAUGUUCGAUACUAGCAUCGGCUUAAUUUGCUGAGUGUAAAUCUCCUUUAUAACAGGGCAAUUAAUACACACUGAAACUAUGUUUAGAAUUUAUGAACACACUGCUGGCCACAGAGGAAGGGAAGACCUGUGAUCCCCUUUCUGUCUGCGAUUUAUGUGUGUUUUUACAAUGCUGGGAUGAGAAUAGUGGAGUUCUUGGCUUGCUGUCGAUGGCUAGGGUUCAAUCCAUGACAGAUUGAAGAAAAAAUUCAGUGGAAUAGGAGAGAAAUUCUUUGUCUCUUUAGACUCAAAUCAAUAGUCAAAGCUUGCCAGGUUUCUCUGCAUAAGGUCAUGUUUUCUUUCUGUUGUUUCUCGUUUGUCAGACUUCAACCCAUUGGGAUUGAAAUUGUCCAUGUUAGCAGCCCUCCGCAGUUUGAUUUUAUACUUUAUAUUAACUUUUUGAUAGAACAGUUUAGUCAUUUGGUUCUAAGCUCAGACUUGUUCAUAAAGAAUUAUGGGUAAAACGUUCCUACACAACUCUUCUGAAAGGCUUGUUUCAGUAGCAAUACAGCUAAAGGACUCGUGGGUGAAAUCCAUCUGCCAAGAAAUAGAGAGACCUACAGUUAUUUUCAGAUCUUUGUUUUGUCUUGCCCAGCACCAUCUUCAGCCUGUGUCUUCCUCCCAGGAUCACAUAACCCAUAGCUAUCUUACGGGCUUUGAAUGUCAUAACAAUUUAACUGCUUCUUUCUGCUAUCGCUUUGUGUGACUUUUGGCUAGCCAGACCCAGGUUAACCCAGAACUGCCCCAGACUGGAAUUCUUGACUGUAUCAGAAUAUCUGUUGCUUUUCAGUCUGUACAACAUCUUCAUGUAGCAGACUGCCAGCAAAAGCUAAGUCAUGUCCUCUGGAUACAUGGAGGACCUCUUUUUGGGGUGUAUUGCUCUGUCAUGACUAGGAAGUGAUCCCAUAGCCUCAUAUUUCAGGGAUGUGCAAUCAGUACCAACUGUUCAUUUAGUGUCCAGUGCAGCAUAGUUACUGACUGACAGCUGUAGAGAUGACUGUAAAUAUUUUAUGCCCUGAAUACUUUGUCAGAUCCAUACAGCCAGAGAUUUACAGUGAAAGUGGGAAAUAACGCUAACAUAAGGGACUUCUAAGGCACUCAUUUUAGCAUUUCCAACAACAAUUUAUGGUUUAAUCAACAGUCCCUCAUAGGAAUUCUGCCAAUUUUUGCAAAUGUCUAGCGUGCACAAAGAUAAGGACUAAAGUGAGAGAAUAUGUUAAACCUAUCAUAUGCAUGUUUUCUAACUUCCACAUAUAGCACCGCAAACUAUCCCAAAUGAUUGCAGUUGUAGGAAUGGAUGCAAUAUAACAUUCCAUGCUGAGCUAUGAUCAACAUCUGUGCCUGUGUUCACAUCCUGCAGGCCUUCAAACUGCAAAUGAUCUUUAAGGCAAUCUGAAAAUCAGUUCCUAAUUCUUCCUCUUCCUGCUGUAUACAGUUAAAAGUAAAAAUUGUUUAUGAGCCUUAUAGGAUAGCAUGAUCUUAUAAAGUAUCACAGGGAUUCAUUUCACCAGAGACUUUUUUUGCAACACACAAGCUCGCAGGACUUUGCUUUUCUUUAGAAAGUGUCUAAUUUUCUGCACAUUUCUCUUUGUUAAUGGGAGUUUUAUAUGGUCCUAGUAGCAAAGUGGUACUUAUAUUAACAAGAACAUGGAAAAUACUAGGGCUCACAGUGGAGCUCAACAUACAAAUUAAAAACGAAGUACCAGACUUUCACAGUAAAAUACAUAUUUUUAUCUGUGAUAUUAUUUUGACUGCCACACUUACUUCAACUCAUAUGAGGCUAUUUAAAAUAUGAAUUCAAUUGUUCAUCUUAACUGUUGCUUAUUUCUAACUGGAAAUAUUA